AUGUCUGUUUACUCGCAAGUGAAUUCAAGCAGCCGUUUAUUUCUUCUCUCUGUCUCCUCUCUUCUCUUCUCUUUCCUUCACUCAAUUGCUGAUCUUUCAUCUCACAACGCAUCAAGCUUCUUCGCAUCAAGCCUCUUCCUUUCUUCAUUCUGUCGAGUCGCUUUGCUUUUUGCAACGAGAUACUUUUCGGUCAACUUCUUAUCUCCCCUGCACAACUCUUCACCGCAACCACCAGCAUCUCGCACCAGCCGCUUCAUCAUGUCGGACACUUCCAUCAGAGAAACCAUCGAAUACGAUGAUAGCACUCCCAGCUUGACCGACCAUGUCGAAGAUGCGACCGACCAUACCCCCAGUCCCGGCAACGACGACGAUGAUUCUUUCGGCGAAGAUUUCGAUCACGCCGAUUCCACCAGCCCGAGUGUCUCCGAAGAUGAAGACAACGAGUCCCUUCCCGCGGAAUCCAAUUCCCGCACCCUCGCCGGCGAUAACCUUGGCUCCCCUCCACCCAAGACAAGUCGACUCUCCCAACUCUUCACCAACUUUGCCGAUGAAUUCCUCGACAUUAUUGAAGAAGAUGCCCAAGAAGCUGUCAUCGAAGCCGCAAAGGCUCAGAAUAUCGAUAUGGGUAAGAUGGUGAAGAGGCACGAUCACGAAAUCGGCAACCUGAUGGACGAGUUUUACGAUCAUGUCUCUAGCCAUGAGAAGAGGGCCAAGGCAGAGUCGGACAAGGUCAGAGGCGAGAUGAAAAGCCUCAAACGUUCCAUCGACAACAGGGAUGCGAGAAACAGCGCAUUCCAAAAAGAAGUCAGUGAUCGACUCGCCAGCCUGGAGAAGAGGUCCGUCGAUCGUUUCCUUUUGUUGGAGAAGAUUACCAGCAGCCGAAUGACUCGUCUUGAGAAGGAUAUCGACGCGAGGUUUGCUUCUCUAGAGAUGAGCAUGAAUGACCGAUUUGCUGAAUUUGAGGAGCGCAUCGAUUAG